AUGGACAUCUCAAGCACCAUCGAUAGCAACGGCCGCUUAACAGUAGAAGCACGAAAACAGCCAUCCGUUCAGGGACGUGAACGUAUGGUCCCAGUCGAAGGCCCAUCGCGCCGUGCUGAAUCGUACAAUGUGCGAAACGAAGCUACACGAAGUCGUCAGGAUUCCGGAGCAUAUGGAACACGCGCCCAACAGCAACCACUAUCAGGGCAUCGCUCACACAGUUCGUAUUCGUACCAUCACAGCCGAACAACCGGUGGCUCACCAAGUGGUCAUUACCGUGAGCACGAUGUCCCAAUUACUCAGACCGGUAUGAGUUCACGGGCCACCGGCGAAAGAAUCCCUUCCGGUUAG